AUGUGGCCUUACAAACUUAGAAUCCAACUGACUUACCGUGAUCUUACAGGUCGCUUAAGCAAGAAAGACAUUGAACGCAUGGUCCAGGAAGCAGAGAAAUACAAAGCAGAAGAUAAGAAACAGCUUGAUAAGGUGUCUUCCAAGAAUUCUCUAGAAUCCUAUGCUUUCAAUAUGAAGGCCACUGUUGAAGAUGAGAAGCUCCAGGGCAAGAUCAGUGAUGAGGACAAACAGAAAAUCCUGGACAAAUGCAAUGAAAUUAUCAACUGGGUGGAUAACAAUCAGGCUGCUGAGAGAGAAGAGUUUGAACAUCAACAGAAGGAGCUGGCGAAGGUCUGCAACCCCAUCAUCACCAAGCUGUAGCAGAGUGCAGGAGGGAUGCCUGGUGGCAUGCCUGUUGCAUUCCCUGGUGGUUGAGCUGCCCGAUCUGGAGGGGCCUCAUCUGGACCUUGAGGAGGUGGAUUAAAUGCACAGGAAGCAACCUUCCACAGCUGGCUAUUGUAAUAAGAGGAGGCCCUGAAACAAAGCCUUGUAUUAGAGGCCCAGUAUGAAGCCCAAAGCCUGGACUAAAGUAAUGGUCAAGACUUUACUAAUGUAAAGCAAAGUUAAGCUGUGAGCCAGAGGCAGGCCCUGCUCACAGAAGCUGGCAAGGAAAGAGCAAGAUACAGACCUAAAAGGUCCUGGACACCAGGUAUCAGACCGUUCCAAUACUUGCCCAUUCCACACAGAUAACAAGGAAGAGGCUGACCCAUCCUGAAGAUGGGCAAAGGGGUAAUAUGAUGGAUAGAGUUGUUUUGUUCAUACCAACAUGUGUACAAGGUGAGAGGCGGCACCUUGCUACGCAGAGGGGUUGUACCUCAAUACGUCAGGACUGAUGUAUAACUUGUUUGUA